AUGUCGAAGCGAGGAAGGGGAGGUAGUGCGGGGAAUAAGUUCAAGAUGUCGCUGGGUUUACCGGUGGCCGCCACAGUAAACUGCUCCGACAACACUGGAGCCAAGAACCUCUACAUUAUUUCGGUGAAAGGAAUCAAAGGGCGUCUCAAAAGGCUUCCAUCGGCUUGCGUCGGCGACAUGGUCAUGGCCACCGUCAAGAAAGGGAAGCCUGAUUUAAGGAAGAAGGUGUUGCCAUCUGUCAUUGUCCGACAGCGCAAUCCUUGGCGUAGAAAGGACGGCGUGUACAUGUACUUCGAAGAUAAUGCUGGUGUCAUUGUCAAUCCCAAGGGAGAAAUGAAAGGUUAA